AUGAACCUCGUUCCCGAACAUGUCGAGACAAGGAUUUUGUAUACGGAAAUGGGUGGUCAUACACCUUGUGGAGAGCUACGUAUGUUCGUCGAUAUGUUCCCGCUGAGCUACGGUCCAGUGCCACCGCCCAUGGACGUCACCCCUCGUGUUCCGGAAAAGUAUCAGCUACGUGUUGCUCUGUUUAAUGUCACCGGAGCGAUUCCGGUGAAGAGGAGUUUUGGCCUACCGACAGCAGAUCUGUACGUAAAGGUCUUCGCAAAUGGAUCGCAGAAGCCUCAGAAAUCCGAUGUCCAUUUUCGGUCAACGGAUGGCUGCGGCGAAUUCAAUUGGCGAUUUGUUAUUGACAUAGCGUUCAAUCCAUGGGAACGAAAGCUGAUCAGCACUCAGAAGAAAAGGCUGUUCAGGAAAGCAAGUGAAUCGUUAGUGGAGCCGUUGUUAAUCAUUCAACUUUGGGACAAAAAUAAAUUUCGUAAAGAUGUAAUGUUGGGUCAAAUGGCAAUGGAUUUGACGCAUUUUAAAGAGGGAAUCGCGGAUCCGGAAGAUAUUGGAAUCAUAAGAAAACGAAAGGUCCGAGAUAGAUGCAAUAUAUGCAGUCGACGAUGCUGUUGUGUGAGGUGA